AGAUAAUAUACAUAUUUCAAAAGAUGAUAAUUUAUGUAAAUGUCUUAUUUCAGACUAUCAACACUCUCAUCCAAGCCAGUCACCAAGGCAACAAGACGUUGUUUGAUUCAAGCUUGUCACUGGCCAUUGGCUACGUUGUUAUUGUACUGAUUUUGUCUGUUCUUGGCGUUUUCGGAAAUAUGUUCAUUAUCUACGUGAUGAGGAAAGAAAAGCGCAUAAAUAAGGAUGCACGUGCCUUCACCAUUAACGUGGCAGUAGCCGACUUAUGUGUAUCUGGGAUAGCUGACCCAAUGUGUAUAGCUGGAGCGUUCCUGGGUACGGACUAUCUUCACGGCGAAUUUUGGCUGUGUAUUGCUGUUGCCAGUAUGUGUCUGACGGCCUGUAUAUGUGUAUUCUUAAACGUCGCCUGUCUUACUGUCAACCGCUGGCUCUUUAUCUGCCAUGAUAAAGUUUACGACCGCAUUUAUAAUUAUACCACAACGACAACGUUUUGCAUUCUCACCUGGGUGGUUGCCAUUUGUGCGGAACUUCCCAAUUUCUUCGGCUUAGGAGGCCACUUCUUUGAUGAGAAGGCGCAUCAGUGUAUCUGGGACCGCACAGCUAGCAGAGUGUACACCAUGUUUGUGUCGCUUGGCCUUAUAACGACUCCAUUGAUCUUGCUGGCAUAUUGCAACACAGCUAUCUUAAUAAAGAUAUGGAAGGUCAAAGGGAACGUUUCGUCAGGAUUGAAUUCCACGCUAAGGACCACUGUUAGUACAGCGAAGAUUCUAAUUACAAUGUUUGCGGUUUUUCUGAUCUGCUGGACGCCUUACGUCAUAGUCCUUGUGUUAGACAUUGAAGACUCCUUCUCGAUGGAUGUGUACCUCUUCACAACAUUGCUGGCACAUUCACAUUCCAGCUCGUCAUGUCUGAUCUACCUGAUUUACAAGAAAAAGUUCAGAGAUCAUCUAAAGGGCAUAUUCAAGUCGGGUAACAGGAUCCAUCCUGUGGUGUCGACUCAAACGCAAACAAGGAACUGUACAAACAGGGUAGUGAUCACUGAUACAUCACGGUUAUAGCCAGCACGCGCAACUACAGUACACACAGAAACAACUUUUCCUGGGUGUAAAACUGUAGCCAGCACGCGCAACUACAGUACACACAGAAACAACUUUUCCUGGGUGUAAAACUUUAGCCAGCAUGCGCAACUACAGUACACGCAGAAACAACUUUUCCUGGGUGUAAAACUAUAGCCAGCACGCGCAACUACAGUACACGCAGAAAAAACUUUUCCUGGGUGUAAAACUGUAGCCAGCACGGGCAACUACAGUACACGCAGAAACAACUUUUCCCCGAGUGUAAAACUAUACACAAAUACUUUCUGCGAACAAACUGAAAAUAUGAACAGACUCAAAGAAACGUUCGAUUGCUCAAUUUCAGUAUGUUAAUAUUUUGAAAAUUGUCACCAAACAUAGAUUGCUACAUGGUUAUCUCAGAAACGUUGACGUGUUCUAAGAGAUUCCGUUGUUGGCGGAUUGAUGUGAGAUUAAAACUUCAGGUAGUAAAUGAUAACCGAUGUAAUUUGUAUAGAUCAUCGUUGAUAUAUAAAGAAAAUAUCGGGUAUGGCAUUGAACAGAUCCUUACAGGUGUCUAUGUGUUCUAUCCAGAAUUGUUGUUUGUUUUUUCUUAGAUGUAUAUCUUCUGGUAUUUUAUUAUAAUUGCUAAAUUCUUCUGAUGUGGUGCUGUAGCAAGCUGAAUUUGUGCAAGUAUCAUUCGGCACAAUAUGCACCUAUUAAGAAUUUUACUGUAUUUUAUCAAAAUCAUAACUAAAUGAAUUAUGUGCAAGUUUUUUUUUUCUUCUUUUAUGUAUCUCAUAGUUUAAGCUUAUUUUACAUGAUCACGCACUGAAUGUCACAUGAUGAGGUUCAAACAACGGCUGAUAUAAAUGUUCUACAAGUCUUGAAUUGCAUUGAUAUUAACACAUUUUAUAUUUGAAGAAUCAAAUUUUCACCAACCCUAAACUUGUGUAACGUAUGGUCAACUGAAGUGAGGCACUGCUUUUAAAUAAUUACUGUGACAUAUGCAUAUGUUACUCACUACUUGACUUAAUCAAAGCGCUAACUUUCUCUUAGAACGGGGUUUCAAUAUACUUAUUAAGACAAAACUCAUACAAAUACUAGUAUAUGGUUUAAUCUCCUUUAAAAUGAAGUGACAUUGUGAUUAUCAAACAAAUAAUUUAUUAUCUGUAAUUUUCAUGACAAAAAGUUGCACAACAUAUGUCCAGAAAUAAAAAUAUACAGAAAGAAGACUUAUAUAGUUAUAAUGUAAAAAAUUGUUAUGGAAUUUUAUGUAUUAUUAUGUAUAUUUUAUGUAAUGUGUCUUUUUCUUGUGCUCUUCUUUUCAAUUAGUAAGUAAGAUUUUCUUUUUCUUUUCAUUUCACUUUUAAAGUAAAAGCAUUUAUGCAGCUUUGCAUUUUACUUUUAUUUCAAUCAAUGCAUUUUUUCUUAGUAAACACACAUUCUUAAAACGUCAUCUCUUUUGUAGAAAUUUGACUAAAAACAUUUAUCAUACAUGGAAACCAACAUGUAUAUUUACCACUGAUAGCUGGUCACAAUGGUCAGACUGUAGCUUUUGGCAUUUUCUCUUUCUUCAAAGACUUAUCACUCUUAAAUGAGUUAAGCCUUUUUGGCUCGGCUUAACAGAUGUUUUUAUUAAGGAUUGUUUGACCCUGGAAGCUUCUCCAUAAAAAGGACUGUACUCGCAGUCAAAUUUAUAGUUGCUCACUGUUAAAUUUGACAAAUUACUGCAUAAAUAAAUUGUGAUCCUACAAUUUUUUUUAAAGAUUCUGGAUUUUUCAUUCCUUUUAAGUCGAGUUUCUCAUUUUAUUCUACUCUGGUAUUUCAAAAUUAAAAUCAAUACCUAUUUUUAUUCUAAUAUAGAUUUAGGAUUUCUGGUUUUUUAUAAACACUUCUUAGUAAUUUUUUCUUUGUCAUAAUAAAGUUAUUGAUCUAGUGCCUAAAUUGGCUUGAUAAUGAAAUAAAAAAUGAAUUUUGCCGAGUUGAUGUAUUUAUUAGAUAUUGUUAAGUUGUCUUGAAACUGUGUAAAUAUGAGUAAUAGCGCAAUUGUAUUUUCAUUAUUUAUAACAGUUCAUUUACCUUUCACAACAUUUUUCGAGGAUUUCAAAUAGUUAACAUAACUAGUGUUCCUGGAUUCUGUACUAGUACAAACCUGUUCUCCGCAAGUAAAUACAAACUUCCCUACAUGAAUCAGAGGUGGAGGACGAAUAAUUUGACACACAUUGAAUGUCUUAUCAUAUCGACACGGAGAACAUUCGCUUGUGAUGCUUUUAAUUGAUAGAACAACUCUUACUGAACCCCUGUGAGAGCAGUGCUAAUCAGUUUACCUCAAAUCUGAUUUGAGGUAAUAGUUGAUUUUUUAAAAUAUUUCUUAAAUAUACAUAGUUUGUGUCUUUUUUUUUUCUUUGCGGGUUUUAUGUUGUUACUUUUUAGAGAAUUAGGCCCUUGGUCAAGAUUAGCGCAAUUAUCACAGGUCUUAAUAUGUAUUUAUAUUCAAUGCAUAUGCCCAUGUUGUGAUACUAUGUGUGUUAUAACUUAUCAUGCCAUGAAUAUCCUACCACUUUAGAUUCCCUACAGUUUGUUAACUCAGCGCCAGGUUAUAAUGAUGAGUACAGCCAGUCUAUCUACCCCUCUGAUCCGUGACAUUCCGUGCAAAGCAUAGUUGUAAAUACAUGAUCAUGUACACUACUGACAAGUGCACGAAUUAAACCAACUAGAGCUAAUGCGGCUUAAAUAUAAUAUGUUAUGUUAUUAUUAAAGACCCACCACGACCUAGUGACCUACUCACAAAAACUUUAUGAAAAUCAUUCUUGAAAUACAGGUAAUAAACAGUUAUACUGCAAGUUUUCAGGUGUACAAUUUAGGCCAUUCCUGAAUAAAUGUGUUUUUACAACUUCAUCUGCAAUCUUAUUCAGUCAAUCUCUUUUCAGCAUAGUUUCAAAAACAUAGAUAAAUAACUAUCUUACACUGUAGAAACAAAAUGUAAUUAAACUUUCACUAAAUACACUGAUUUCUGUACAUAUUACUACAAUUGUUCAAUAAAAUGUUAAGACAUUACACACAUUGUCUUGGCCUAAUAAAUGUCACUGUCAAAUUGCAACUAUUAUAUACUUGUGAUUUCUUAUUUUCUUCAUGUCAAAGCACGUAUAAUUAUCAUCAUGGAAACACAAAAGAAUACAGUUAUUUUGUGGUGCCUCUUUAAGUUAUUAGGCAUACAUCUAUUUCAAGAAUUUUACAAAAACAUUUGAUAAUUUUAGAUUUUUAUUUAUUCAUUAAUACAAUGUAACUCCCUUAAAUCUUUAAACGAUGUUUCAGCAAAUAACGUUUUAUUUACACUACAGUAAGUUCUUUGAUUUAUAUGCCCUCCGUCCGUCCGACCGUAACUUUGUAAAUUCUUAUCCGGGCUGUAACUCUGCCAUCCAUGAAGGAUUUUUAAAUAGCUUGGCAUAAAUAUUUACCUUAAUGAGACGACGUUUCAUGCGUAAUACCCAGACCCCUAGCUACAAGGUCAUGGUCACAAUUAGAAGUCAAACGUUAAUAGGGUCUGUUUCAUGUCCGGUUCGUAACUUUGCCAUUCAUCGAGAUAUUUUGAAAUUACUUAGCAUAAAUGUUUAUCAUAAUGAGACGACGUGUCAUUGGCAAGACCCAGACCCCUAGCUCCAAGGUCAAGGUCACACUUAGAUCUCAAAUGUUAACAGGGUCUGUUUUUGUGUCCGGUCCAUAACUCUGUCAUCCAUGAAUGGAUUUUGAAAUAUCUUGGCAUAAAUGGUAACCAUAAUCAGACAUUGUGUCUUGCGCAAGACCCAGAUCCCUAUACUUAGAAGUCAAAGGUUAAUAGGAUCUUUUUCGUGUCUGGUAUAUAAUUCUGUUAUCCAUGAUGGUUUUGAAGCAACUUGGCAUAAAUAUUUACCAUAAUGAGCCAAUAUGUUAUGUGCAAGACCCAGACCCCUAGCUCCAAGAUCAAGUUCACACUUAGAAGUCAAGUCAAAGGUUAAUAGGGUCCGUUUAAUGUCCGGUUCGUAACUCUGGCAUUCAUCAAGGGAUUUCAAAAUUACUAGGCAUAAAUAUUCCCCAUAACAAGAAAACGUGUCAUGCAUAACAACAAGACCCCUAGCUCUAAGGCCAAGGUCACAUUUAGAGGUUAACGGUUAAUAUGGUCUGUUUCAUGUCCGUUCCAUAACUCUUCCAUCGAUGAACAGAUUUCAAAAUUACUUGGCGUAAACGUUCCCUAUAUUGAGAUGGCGUGUCAGACACAAGACCCCUAGCUUCAAGGUCAAGUCACACUUAGAAGUCAAAGGUUAACAUUGUAUGUUUCUUGUCCGGUCAAUAACUCUGCCAUUCAUCAAAGGAUGUUAAAAUUACUUGUCACAAUUCUUCCCUAUAAUAAGUUGGUGUGUCAUGCUCAAGACCAAGACCCAGACCCCUAGCUCCAAGGUCAAGGUUACCUUCAGAGAACCUUUUUUAUCUCGUCGCAAAAUGAUGCAUAUCUAAACUUUUCUGGCAUAUUUUGCGCAGACAACUGUAGGUAGCAUUCUUGAGCACACUUCGGGGCGUUUGUCACUAAUAGUGCCAGCUCUCUAUACUUAUAAGUAUACAUUCUAAUAAGUAUAUUUUGAGAGUUAUAUAUACUUGUAUUUUUCCCUAUAAAAUGCCAAGGUUGGUAGUGGCUGUUUGUCAAGUUACCUUAAAGACGCACCACAAAAUAACUGUAAUCUUUUGUAUUUUCAUGGUGGUAAUUUAUUUUGUAUGGAGAAAUGAGAAAUAACAAGUUACAAUUUGACAGUGACAUAUAUAAGGCUAAGACAAUGUAUUUAAUGUCUAAAUAUAUUAUUAAAUUUAGUGAAAUAUGUUAAUCCAUUGUAUUAUAUAAUUACGUGUAUACA